GUUUACAUUCACCUGCGCCGGCGACAUCGUCCCAGUCAUACAUACUCUGUGAAUCGAACAAACCGCUUCCAUUUUUAAAAUAAUUGACUGUUUAUUUUUUGUGUUGUGCCAGUAGCUAAACAAAAUGGCAGUAAGCAGACAUUGGAUGCAGCUCGGUGCAUUCAUGGCGAGUGUCGCUUUGAUGUCAUGCGCACAAGUAGAAGACCCGUGCAAAAUGAAGUCACGCGUGACAGCUGAUGAUAAGUACUGCGACAAAUACUGGGAAUGUGAGAACGGGCAGGCGGUGCAGUAUGACUGUCCAAACGGGCUGGUCUUCGCUGGCAAGCAUCGAGGAGUUACAGAGGGGUGCGACUAUCCCUGGAGGUCGAACUACUGUGAAUAUCCCAAAGUUCAAAUAAACCAUCCAAUUGGUACAGAACAUUGCGAUUGGCUGUACGGUAUAUUCGGACACGAGACAUCCUGCACUCGCUAUUGGACGUGCUGGAACGGCACAGCAACAGAACAGCUCUGUAUUGGUGGCCUACUUUACAAUGAGAACGCGCACUCCUGUGAUUGGCCAGAAAAUGUUGAAGGCUGUCAGAAACAUCCUCUCUGCAAUGAAGAUGCCAACGGCAAUGUGCCACUUGGCAAGUCCUGCAACAGAUACUGGCAAUGCCAAGGAGGGUAUCCUCGACUCCAGCGCUGCCCAGCCAUGUUGGUGUUCGAUCGCCGCUCGCUGAGAUGCGUGGUACCGCCAACUGAAGACUGUGAAGCACCUACCACCACAGCGCCACCGCCAGAAGAGGAACAGGAGGUGAAACAUGCCCCACACAUUUCGAAGAGACCACCGAAUGACUUCCACGACGGGUCAGUCCGUCCGAGGCCUCAACAGAGAAACUAAGACCUAACAUUAUGCUAAGACCUUAUGGGCAUCAUAUUUAUUGCCAAAUCAUGUAGUUGUAAGCUCCUUAAUAUACUCAUAUCCGUCCAUAUGUAAAUAUCACAUGAUACAAUAUGUUUCACAAAGAAUUAAAUUGGUUUACAAUGACGUUAAUACUUAGCUAUAAUUUUUUGUUUACUUAUACUAAGGCCAGCGAGACUAGAUAAACAAUGUAAACAAAUGGACCGGACUCAGUAAGUUACGUUGCGAUAGCGAGUGAUUAUUAUCUCGCCGCUGUCGUUGCGUGUUUCGUGGUACAGGAAAGCAGUCAAUACCGCAGUUGUCAACAUUUGGUGCACCAUUUUGUGAACAUGUUCAUUCCUGUUUGGAUCGCGUUCGAAGUGAUUCGUAUUUUUUCGUUUCUGUAUUUACUUAUUUUUUUGUUAUUAGUGACUAAUUCGUAACUGUUAGAUAUUUUGUUGAUUUUAAUUUUGGAAUCACAGCCUAGUAGCUCUAGACAACCUUUGAAAUACAUCAAUUCUUUUCAAUAUUCAAAGCUAUCGUUGAAAAUGUUUUGAACCGCUGAAUCUUUGUUUACAUUUUUUAUCCCGUCUUGUUGGCCUUACUAUAAAUAUUGCAUGAACAACAUUUAGCAGGUAACAUAGCUGAAGCCACAAAUCAUUAUUUCUAUCACACUAACGAGACAAAAAUUAGUGCGAUGACAACUGAAGCUCCGACUAAAAAUCGUCAGUAAAAAAUCCAAAAAUCAAAGAAUCCUCAAGCAAAGCUUAACCAAUCGUUACGAAAUUUGGAAACUAAGUGGGAAGGAAGAAUUUGUUUUCGGUUUUGUCAGCGAGACCACAAUUAUGCAAGUAAUAGAACAGAAGCAUAACACAAUGGUCUCCUUGAAAUUAAUUUAAAUCGGACGGCGACCAGUCUCGGCGGCGUGCGGGUGACACUCAAUAGUUUUGUCUCCCCAAGAUUGCUUAGCUACCGUGUAAUCGUGUAUGUGUGCGUGAGAUGGUCGCGCGCUCGAGUAUGAAGUAAAAUUACUGUUAUGUUACUGUAUGUUGGCGAGUAUUGUAUUUGCGGCUUAUAUACCGUUUUAUGUACUGUUUGAAGUAAUCUGGCAAUUAUUAGAACGAAAAUAUCAAAAAAAUCAAAAGAGAGAGACACAGAUAUUGUUGAUAUUGAUCUUAACAUUGAACUAGGGUUAAAAACCAAGGAGAAAACGGUCAGGAAUGUUUGUAUGGAAAAUUUACUGAGAGUGAUUCCUUUUAAGUUUCUUAUAAAAUAUGAGCAGGCCUAUUGUACUUCACUAAGAAUCGCAAAAAAAUGUAAUUCCAGCAAGUCAAACAAAAAAAGAAAAUAAUUUUGGAGAGGCGAUCAAUUCCUUUGUGACGUUAGAAUGUUUAAGACGGAAUUCCUUUUAUAAUUAGAAUAUGUUUAGAUUAUAUUUUAAUAUUAACAUAAUAAAGACUUUGUAUAAAAA